GCUGACGUCACGAAUGCGUUCUCGCUUGUCAUUGUGCAAUGGUCUCUUUUCACUAAGUGAGCUCCGUGUCCUCGAGAGAAGAAGCUAAUUGGCUCGCCCAGUUAGCGUAAUUAAACGUGACGCCGGCCGGAAGUGUAACAUCGCCCGGAUUUAAAUCACUUGGACUGCGCCGCCUGGCUCCUCCUUGUGGACAAAAUGAGCCCCGAAAAGAGAGACUGUACGGUCAGCGUUAGCCGACUGCGACACAGCACGAGCUAGCUAGCCUGCUAAGCUAAGCUAGUUCGCCCAGGCGUCUGGAUUCGGGACGUGGACGCGCGCGUACAGACAGGGGGGCUCCCCAGUCACCCCCAUGUUCCUCCGAUGAAACCCCUUAACUCCAUGAAACGAGCCCCGCAUCCCACUCCUCAAAGCGGUGACGACGCCUUCCUCCAUGAGCCAGUCUCCUGGCAACCAGUAGCCAAUCAGCACCCGGGAUCUCUCUCUGUAGUAACCACAGUGUGGGGCGUGACCAAUCCCACGCACAGCCAGGUGAUCAGAGCGCCACCUAUGGGUCCCGGAGACAGCACGGGCGGUCACAUGAUGCCCGGCGGCGGCGGCGGGCCCGGUAUGUCCGGCGCCAUGGGCCCGCAGUUCAUGAGCCAGCAGGCGUACGGCGAUGCCAUGUCCAAAGGCUACGGCCAGCCGCUCAUGUAUGGACGCCCUAACGCGGCGUACAACCCCGUGGCGGCCUACGGCGGCAGUUACCCCGGUAACAGCGGCGGCAUGGGUGUGCGCCCCUCCUCGGACUUCACCACCGCCGCCGCCGCCGCCGUGGCAGCCGCCACGGCCACGGCCACCGCCACCGCCACCGUGGCGGCCAUCCAGGAGAAGCAGAACCAGGACAUCAACUACGCUCAGAUGGGCGGAGCCCCCUCGUACAGCCCCCAGUUCAUGUCCCACGGCCCUCGUGGACCCCCGGCCAUGCACCAAGGCGGUAUGGUCUCAAGCAGGCCCGGACCACCGCCACCUUCUGGCGGGGGCUUGUACCCCCCGCACCCCGGAGCCACCCAGAAGAUGCAUGGAGGAGGAGGAAGUGGCGGGUAUCCUGGUGCGACCCAGGGACUCAAACGCACCUUCCACUCUGAGUUCGGCGGCGGCGGGAUGUCGUCCAUGCCGCCGUACCCUCAGCAGCCUCUGCAGUACCCCCCCGGCCCGCAGCAACGGUGCGCCCCCUCCCCCUCGUACCCGUCCGGCCGCAUGCCCCCCAUGAGCCAGUACGGCUCCGGCUCGCACAGCAACCCGCCGCCGUUCCCCCCCGGUGGCGGCCAGCCCAACCCGCCCCAGUACUACAAGUCGGAAGUGUUUAAUGGGCAGACAAGCCUGUCCCCUGCAGGCCCGGGAGGAUAUAGCGCCUUCACUCAGGCGGCAUCCAGCGGGCCGGGCCGAGGCGGAGGGAUGCCCGGGUACCCCAGCUCCCCCAUGGGCGGCAAUCCCACACCUCCCAUGACUCCCGGCACCUCUGUGCCGCCUUACCUCUCCCCGGGUCAGGACACCAAGCCCCCCUACAUGCCCCCUGACGUCAAAAGCAACAUGGGCAGCCCGCCGCCCGCCACAGGUAACCCGAGCGACGACCUUCGCCUGACCUUCCCAGUGCGGGAUGGCGUAGUGUUGGAGCCUUUCAGACUGGAGCACAACUUGGCCGUCAGCAACCACGCCUUCCAGCUUCGAGACUCCGUCUACAAAACGCUCAUGAUGAGGCCAGAUCUGGAGCUGCAGUUCAAGUGCUACCACCACGAGGACCGGCAGAUGAACACCAACUGGCCCGCUUCGGUGCAGGUGAGCGUCAACGCCACGCCCUUGUCCAUCGAGCGCGGCGACAACAAGACCUCCCACAAGGCUUUGUACCUCAAGCAAGUGUGCCAGCCCGGACGCAACACGGUCCAGAUCACCGUCACCGCCUGCUGCUGCUCGCACCUGUUCGUGCUGCAGCUGGUCCAUCGGCCCUCCGUCAGGUCGGUGCUGCAGGGGCUCAUGAAGAAGAGGCUGCUGCCCGCAGAACACUGCAUCACCAAGAUCAAGAGAAACUUCAGCAGCGGCACCAUCCCCGGGACCCCCGGGCUAAACGGAGAGGACGGCGUGGAGCAAACGGCCAUCAAAGUGUCGCUCAAGUGUCCGAUCACCUUCCGACGCAUCCAGCUGCCGGCGCGUGGACACGACUGCCGCCACAUACAGUGUUUCGACCUGGAGUCGUACUUGCAGCUCAACUGUGAGAGAGGAACGUGGAGAUGUCCCGUCUGCAAUAAGACUGCGCUGCUGGAGGGACUGGAAGUGGACCAGUACAUGUUGGGGAUCCUGGUCUACAUCCAGAAUUCCGACUACGAGGAGAUCACCAUCGACCCGCUGUGCGGCUGGCGGCCGGUGCCCGUCAAGCCCGACCUGCACGUGAAGGAGGAGCCCGACGGGCCGGCGCUGAAACGCUGUCGCACCGUCAGCCCGAGUCACAUGGUGCUGCCCAACGUCAUGGAAAUGAUCGCCGCGCUGGGACCCGCCUCCUCGCCGUACGCUGCCGGCGGGCCGCCGGCGGGGGGCGGCAGGGGCAGCCCCGACUACAACAGGCCUGGGAGUCGAGGCUUUGCCAGCCAAUCGGCUUUCCCCGAAUUCCCCAACACUCCCGGCACGCCCACCCUAGGGGAGUACCCUUCCUCCGGCCCGCCGCUGUCCUACCAGGCCGAGCAGGCGCCGCACCCGCCCCACAAUGCCUUGCUCCCGCAGCACGCCGGCCAGAGCCUCGGCGACGAGAGGAGCGGCGUCGCCUCCCACAACGCGCGGCCGCACGCCGAGGGCUCCUUCGCCCUGGGAGCCCCCCCGGGAGGGGCCGGAGGGGAGGCGGCGGAUCACUCGCUAGAUGCCAAAAUUUGAAGUGACCAAAAAGGUGGAGCAAUUAAGCGAUGACACUGACGCACACGUCAGCGCUUGGAUGCCAAAAAGGAGGAGUUGGAUGAAACGGCGUCGCUAGGACUGAUGGGAGGCAAACAAAAAAAAUUGAAAUCAAAUAAUUGAUCAAGUCCCAGCCUUAAUUAAAACCAUUUUAAAAAAGUGUGUUUUUAUCAAGUGCAAUCAAUAUACUGUACGUACCGGAGUAUUCGUGUGUGGGAUGUGUGCCAUAAAGGGGCGUGGCCUCGCGAGCGGCGUCAGCCGUGAGUGUCCGGGUGUGAGCUGUGGUCACCAGCAGCUCCUUGCCAGUGUUGUCAUUUUGUGUUUGUGUUUGACUGUUUGUCUCGUCAACUGAGGCUCUCCUUGCCCACAUGCCAGGGCAUCGCAGUACUGUCAUUGUUCCAUUUUUCUUUACUUCACAUUUGAGUUACGUAUUAGAAAAUAUUAUAAAAAUGUGACUUUUAACCAUGGGGGAAAAAUAUGACUAAUAAAAAUAAGACAUUGUAUUUUUCUCAAAGCAAUAAUUUUUGUGUCAGGUAUAUAUAUUACUUAAAAAAAAAAUAACUACUACUAUUCUUGGGGGGGGGGGGGGAAUGAGAAAAAUCCAAGAAAUUACAACCCCAAUUCCAAUGAAGUUUAGACGUUGUGUUAAACAUAAAUAAAAACAGAAUACAAUGAUUUGCAAAUCGUGUUCAACCUAUAUUUAAUUGAAUACAGUACAAAGACAAGAUAGUUAAUGUUCAAACUGAUCAACUUGAUUGUUUUAAGCAAAUAAUCAUGAACUUAGAAUUUGAUGGCUGCAACACAUUCCAAAAAAGCUGGGACAGGUGGCAAAAAAGAGUGAGGAAGUUGAGGAAUGCUCAUGAAACACGUGUUUGGAACAUCCCACAGGUGAACAGGCUCAUUGGGAACAGGUGGGCGCCAUGAUUGGGUAGAAAAGGAGCUUCCCUGAAUUCACAAGUCAUUCACAAGCAAAGAUGGGGCGAGGUUCACCUCUUUGGGAACAAGUGCGUGAGAAAAUAGUCCCAACAGUUUAAGGACAAUGUUCCUCAACGGGCAAUUGCAAGGAAUUUAGGGAUUUCAUCAUCUACGGUCCAUAAUGUCAUCAAAAGGUUCAGAGAAUCUGGAGAAAUCGCUGCAUGUAAGCGGCAAGGCCGAAAACCGACAUUGAAUGCCCGUGACCUUCGAUCCCUCGGGUGGCCCUGCAUCAAAAACCGACAUCAGUGUGUAAAGGAUAUCACCGCAUGGCUCAGGAACACUUCAGAAAACCAAUGUCAGUAAAUACAAUUCAGCGCUACGUCCGUAAGUGCAACUUGAAACUAUACUAUGCAAAGCAAAAGCCAUUUAUCAACAACACCCAGAAACGCCGCCGGCUUCUCUGGGCCGAGCUCAUCUAAGAUGGACCGACGCAAAGUGGAAAAGUGUUCUGUGGUCCAACGAGUCAGCAUUUCAAAUAGUUUUUGGAAAUUGUGGACGUCGUGACCUCCGGGCCAAAGUGGAAAAGAACCAUCCGGACUGUUAUGGACGCAAAGUUCAAAAGCCAGCAUCUGUGAUGGUAUGGCGCUGUGUUAGUGCCAAUGGCAUGGCUAACUUACACAUCUGUGAAUGCACCAUUAAUGCUGAAAGGUACAUGCAGGUUUUGGAGAAAAUACGCUGCCAUCCAAGCGACGGCUUUUUCACGGACGCUCCUGCUUAUUUUAGCAAGACAGUGCCAAACCACGUUCUGCACGUGUUACAACAGCGUGGCUUCGUAGUAAAAGAGUGCGGGUACUAGACUGGCCUGCCUGCAGUCCAGACCUGUCUCCCGUUGAAAAUGUGUGGCGCAUUAUGAAGUGUAAAAUACGACAACGGAGACCCCGGACUGUUGCACAGCUGAAGCUGUACAUCGAGCGAGAAUGGGAAAGAAUUCCACCUACCAAGCUUCAACAAUUAGUGUCCUCAGUUGCCAAACGUUUAUUGAAUGUUGUUCAAAGAAAAGGUGAAGUAACACAGUGGUAAACAUGACCCUGUCCCAGCUUUUUGGAACGUGUUGCAGACAUAAAAUUCUAAGUUCAUGAUUAUUUGCUAAAAACAAUCAAGUUGAUCAGUUUGAACAUGAAAUAUCUUUUCUUUGUAGUGUAUUCAAUUAAAUAUAGGUGGAACAUGAUUUGCAAAUCAUUGCAUUCUGUUUUUAUUUAUGUUUAACACGUCCCAACUUCAUUGGAAUUGGGGUUGUAUUUUAUAUAUAUAUAUAUAUAUAUGUGUGUAAGUCCACGUUCUCUUCUUCCAACUGAAAUUUUGAAAUUUUGGCUCGGAACAAAAUUGACCAAGUGAUACUAGUAACUGUAAAAACUUGAGGGUAGCGCGGUAUUUGGCUAUUGUACAGCUUGAUUGAUGUACUGCAUUUGUGUGUGUGUGUGUGUGUGUGCGUGUG